GAGAGAUCUUCACCAAUCACAGCCCACUGCCUCCCUGGGGAUAUCCAAUAGGGACUAGUUUCGUUCCGGCGGUGGGCGGGCCUAAAUUGGCGCUCUGGCUACCAGACUCCUAGCGCGGGCAGCUCUGAGUCAUCAAUAUUUAAUGUGGUACAUAGCCAACCCGCCACGCCGGAAGCGCGCCGCUCAUGAAUAAUCCAACUAGCAGCUGAGCGGGACAGUGCUGGAGAAGGAAGAAGGUCGGAGUACGGAAACAUGGCGACGGCGAUGUACCUAGAGCACUACCUAGACAGUAUUGAAAACUUGCCAUGUGAGCUUCAGAGAAACUUCCAACUCAUGAGUGACCUUGAUCAAAGAACAGAAGAUAAGAAGAAGGAGAUUGAUGCUUUAGCAAGUGAAUAUAUUGCUAAGGUGCGGGACUACACCCCAGAGCAGAGAGUCCAGCACCUUCAAAAAAUUCAGUCUGCAUAUAGCAAAUGUAAGGAGUACAGUGAUGACAAAGUGCAGCUGGCCAUGCAGACCUACGAAAUGGUUGAUAAACAUAUACGAAGGCUGGAUGCUGACCUGGCUCGCUUUGAGGCUGAUCUUAAAGAGAAACUGGAAGGGUCAGAGUUUGACAGUCCAUCAGGACGUGGAGUAAAGAAGAAUAGAGGUCAAAAAGAAAAACGAGGCUCAAGAGGACGGAGAGUAUCUGAAGAGGACACUGUAAAGAAAAAAAAAAUGAAAGGAGGGCCUUUGUAUGCUGAUUCAGUCUUGUCUGUGACCCCUUCGGAUGUCUUGGAUAUGCCAGUGGAUCCCAAUGAACCCACAUACUGCCUUUGCCACCAGGUGUCCUAUGGAGAAAUGAUUGGCUGUGACAAUCCAGAUUGUCCAAUUGAAUGGUUCCAUUUUGCCUGUGUGGAUCUGACCACUAAACCUAAAGGGAAAUGGUUUUGUCCCCGCUGUACUCAGGAGAGGAAGAAAUGAUUUCAGUAAAGUUUGCUAAAGAAUCAGUCUUUAUUUUGUAGUCUUGUACCAUCUAUGUAAUUGGUCCUGCCACUGGAAGGGUUCAUAUUGAAGCACUGAGGCAUUGCUUCUCUCCUGUGCUGAGUGUAUACAAUCUUUUUCUGGGGAGGACUUUGUUGCACUUUAGGUACCACUGUCCGUUACAUCAAAAACUCUUCAUUUUCCUUGUGUUAUCCAAGGGAAAUUCAUACAUCAACCAAAGUGACAAUGUAUUAUUGUUUUAUUAUACUUUGUUUUUUUUUUCUUUUUACAUUUGAGUGUCAGAUGAGCCAAAUAAGUCUUGCACCUUUUAUGGUUUUAUUGUUUUCUUUUCAAGGGGAAGUCUAAUUCAAUCCCCAAAUAACUAUUGAAUGUGAUAUGUAAUGUAAUGAACAUGCACAUUGUCUCUGCCGCUUUAGUAAAGAGACAAUUUGGAGCUUAUGACAUUUAACUGUACAAUGAAUGUAGUGCCCUGUUUCGUUAGAAUAUCACAUGCUGGCUUUAUUCUGCAUAUAUUCUUUUGUUACUGCCCUGCUGCUCCUUUUUAGAAAUGGAUCUUUUUCGUAUUCAGUAGCCAGCAUCAUUUUGCUGCAUCUAUAGCAAAGGGUCUAUAGUGUUAGUACAAGUCCGUAUUUAGCCUUCGUUUCCAAAGCAUGGAUUCUUUGCCAUGGUAGGACAUGUAUUGAAAAGGAAUCAUAGUUAUAUGCAGGUGUUAAAAUAUACAGUACUGUGUAUCGAGAGAUUAUCCAUUCCAAUUCCAUUGUUUGCAUGCUGAAGUUUAUACUAAGCAUUUGUGGGAGAAGGUCUGUCCAACUAUUUUUACUGACAGAAGUGUCAAACUUUGUACUCUGCAAUGGUGAAAAACACAUAAGGGGUUUGGCUAUAAGAUCACAUUUCCAGGCUAUUGUCCAUCUAUUUUUCAUAUAGUUUGUUUCCUCCCAUUUAACAAUUCACAUUGUAUUUAUACAUUUUAUGAAUCCUUAUACUAUGAAAUUGUUGGUUUAAAGGGGACCCGUCGCAGGAGCCAUUUUGUGGACACUGUUAUUAAGGCAAGCCUUGCAUCAUCUCAGAAUCUUGUUUGUGCUCCAUAAUGGGGGACCUGAUGUCCAACCCCAUGCCCUGGCUACACAAUGAAAUGGUUUAAAGAACUGGGGGAAUGUGGGGAGAGAAGUGACAUCUAGGAAGUGCUGAAUGGAAAGUGAAAGUAUUGUCUGCCCCACCUCUAUGCCCAAGGCAUAGAGGAGGGGCAGACCAUAUUUGAUCGACAGCUGAGAUUUUUAAAUGAGCUUAGAACGGCUAUGAAUGUUUUAAAUAAAAAAUAGAAAUUGGAUUUCAUGCUUAAUUUGAAAAGGGACUUUUAUUAUACAGAUUUUUAUGUCUGGGCGACGGUCCACUUUAAAUCAAGUAAAUCAAGUGCCAGAUUGUUCCCUAGUUAGAAAGCCUAUAUCGACCAAUUGGACAUUUCUGAAUUCCAUUAGAACCUGUCAGAUGGAAUCUGAAUAGCUUGGUGAGCUUAUUUUUAAAUCACUUAGGUGUAUAGGCUAAAAGAGCUUUUAGGCUUGGAUCCAUUCAGAAAUAACUCUGCAGGUCAUGCUAUCAUAACAUUUGACUUGCUGCAGGAAUGGGAUAUCAAAGUUUUCCCUGUAGCUACUGGGAACGGCAGCCGUGCUGGAUGGGCACCCCCAUAUAUAUAUAAUUUUUUGGCUACACCAGCCUUUCUCCCAAUCAUAUCUCCAGUGCAAGCUCAAUAAUCUAGGGAGCUUGGCAUAUGUAGUGCAGAUGUAAACCAGAACUGGAUCACAUGCAAAAAAAUUAACACAUUGCAUGUCAAAUGUCAUCAAGGAUUUCAUUCUGAUACACGUGGUUUAACUAAACUCCAUGAUCCUUUUUGUUCUUCCUUAAAAUUGUGUAUCCCUUUCUAAACAGAUACUAUAUUAUUUAGCACCUUUCAUAGUCCCUAUAGCCAUUAAUGUGUAGGAUUCCCUCCCAGAUUUAAAGCCCCAUUAUAUGAAACAA